AUGAGAACCUCUUCUACUGCCUUUGACCGGAACUACCAAUUUGAUGAAGCACCUGAAGACAGAAGAACAUCUCGUCGCAUCUCACACCGGCUCUCUGUCGAGGAAAGAGAACCAGAAACGGACCAGUUCGUGGAUGCACCUGAAUUUCCUGAUGAGCAAAUUGCAAUUCCGAGAGCCAAGCAAACAUUUCAUGAGCAAGGGGGAUGUGAUCCGAUACAUAAAUCUGAAGGCUUAACGCGACAAGCUGAAUCAUUUGUGCCAAGUAAAGAUUCAAAGCAAUUUGAUUCUCAACUCUUCGCCACCAAUGCCCAGGAACGAUCAGCACGUAUGUCGAAAUUAACAUUCUCGGAUGUAUUUCAAUCCACAGAGGAAAUGUUUGAGGAUAUUUCAGUUGUACGAGGCGCUCUCCAUUUGUUUUUGAGUAGCAGGAUGAUUGAGGCGUAUGAAAUAAUUGAGCCUCGCUCUGAGAGACGCCUAUAUUACGCUGUUGGAUUUGCACUCUUAUCCUCAAUCAAGGCAAUUAUGACGUUUGAACACCAGGACCUUGGUACGGCUAUCUCACAUUGUAAAGAUGCUUUACAUGUGGCAAGUUUAUUGCGAAAAAAGGCUUCUGCAUUCACAUCAUUUGGUCGCUUCGUCCGUGGUUCGGGUGCAUCUGUGUCCUGGCUUUCAUCCAUGACACCGUUAGAAAAACAUGCCGAGCUUUCUUCAUCUGAAUGCACGUUAGUAAAAGCUGUGUUGGGCAUUGCAUACUCUGGUGACUUUUUGGGCUCCUUAUCGGAAGCAUUUCAUCUUCGCGCAGCGUAUGGUGAAUACCGAAGUUUGCUCAAGUUCAUCGAUUGGGAAGACUCGAACGGUGGAGAAAAGUCUGAUGAAGAUUUCCGCAGUGGUAUCUAUCUUGGUUCUGGAUGCAUUAGUCUGAUCUUAGGGUUGCUUCCCACCAGGGUUCUUAAAGUCAUGGAAAUUUUCGGUUAUGAGGGCAGUGUGCCUGUGGGACUCAAUUUGUUAUCCAAAUCAUCUGGAUGGAGCACAGAUCCGUCGGAACCUCUCCCUCGACGUAAUAUAAAGACUGAGGGAAUCCGCAGUCCUAUUUGCGACAUGUCUAUGCUCACUUAUCAUUUGGUCAUUUCCACUUUUAUCCUGUACCACAAGUUGACAUCAACUUUUCGGAAAAAGUCUUGA